AUGGUCAGCCCAGCGUUGAAGAUGGCUGUGGCCAUCCUUUCUUUUGCCUAUGGUAUAUUCACGCUAGUGUUUUAUGGUAUUGUUGCAAUAUUCAGCGGAGUUCCUUUCCGUCAAACCAGUGAAAAGGAGCGGUUGGAGUUUCAACUCGCGUCAGAUAGAUUCUGGAAUCUUUCGAAGAACUGGAAGACUUUCUCCCAUCGCUUUAUGACUUUGAAGAAUGGUUUCAAAGUCCACUACCUUGCAAACGUAUCAUCCGAUGAGAUUGCCGCCUCGGAUCAUGGCAACAAGCCGUUGGUUAUAUUUCUGCACGGAUUCCCGGAUAGCUGGGCUAUGUGGCGCCAUAUUCUCUCGUCACGCUCUGUUGGAGAUGAGAGCAUUAUGAUCGCACUAGACCUUCCAGGAUAUGGGGGAACGGAUUCAUUGGACGUUUACGGCCCCACAGAGAUCUUGGAGACGUUAACGGAGUUUAUCGUAACACUAAGAGACCAGUACAAAGUCGACGAUGGCAACCGUCAGCAGAAGAAGAGAGUUAUUGUAGUAGCUCAUGAUUGGGGAGCGAUACUUGCUUUUCGCCUGGCAGCAGAAGCUCCCCAGCUCGCUGAUAGGUUUAUUAUCACCAAUGGCAUCUUGCCUGACCUGAUGAAAGAUAAUGUCAACCUAUCGAUCGAGUCAGCGAACAAGAUGUUCAAAACUUUCCUCAAGGAACCAUGGCGUUCUCGGCAUGUGUUGUGCAAGGCCAUCAAGGCACUGGCCCCGGUACUCCGCCAACUGAAGCGUUCACAUUAUGUAUUUGUCUUCCACCUGCCCAUACCGUUAGUUCGGUAUGUUGGCCAUGGAGGCAAUUAUUCGUUAUUAAAAGCGAUCCACGAGGUAGCUGCAGGGAAAACUGGAGGACUUACGAUUCGAGAUGCACAAGAAGCUAUGGCCAGCACACUUGGGCCUAGCAUCGAAGAACUCGAGACCAUGACAGCGGACGGAGAGACCUACUCUAAAUCUGUUCGCAUGCGUGCUGAACAAGGGAACUUUGUGGACACAACAUCAUAUUACCGGCAUGGAGCUGCGGCAGAUCCUUGGCACAAGUCAUUGGAAACAAUAUCUGCGUUGCAUAGUAUUUGCCCUGACGAACGUCGAAGAACUAGCUGUGGAACCGGGGUGUUCGACCCUGCCCCUGGAGCUCUAAAGGCAAACGCCACAAUUAUAUGGGGCAUGAAAGAUGAUGCGAUAGUUAAUCACCUGGCCCUGGAAGGAAUACCCGAGCGACUUGUCCAGGGAAGUCAAGUCAUUGCGCUCUCUCAAUCUGGCCAUUUCACCCCCAUGGAAGUGGAGAGUAGAGGAGCUCUUGAGGAAGCAGUGUUAUGGGCCGUGAAGGGUGAGACAGGCGAUGUUGGCCAAGCUGUCUUGUCUGUGUAUCCUGAAGCCCGAGUGAUCGCUCGCCAGUUUCUAGCCGCUAGAUGA